UUGGCUUGACCACAUCUUGAAACUAUCUAGAGAAAGCUAUAUGAGGCAAUCAUGUGCUUCUGCGUUUAGCGUUUGGUGAACUCUAGUCCCACUGAAAUAAUGGGUUAGAAAACUCUACAGACUUGAUGGAUUACACUGACUUUACAAAGCACAGACUCUCGUUUCAAAACAAAACUGAUUAAAUACUUCACAUAAGCCAUAAUUAAUGGUGUAAUGAUUGAGUCCAACGUGAGUCUGAGUUGCGCGUGGUGCGCUGGAGGAGGUGAUGGGACCAGAGCGCACUUGGAUGAGAGUCACUCAGAACACAGUCUGAGUCCGACUGGACACUUGGUCGUCGCGGUGUGCCUUGGAUUCAUCGGAACUUUUGGGUUUCUCAACAACACGCUCGUUCUCAUCCUGUUCUGUCGCUACAAGGUGCUUCGCUCGCCCAUGAACUGUCUUCUGCUGAGCAUCUCAGUGAGUGAUCUGCUGGUGUGCGUCCUCGGCACUCCGUUCAGCUUCGCCGCCAGUACGCAGGGACGGUGGCUCAUCGGUCGCGCGGGAUGCGUGUGGUACGGCUUCAUCAAUACAUUCCUGGGUGUUGUGUCUCUAAUCUCCCUGGCGGUGCUCUCUUACGAGCGCUACAACACCAUGAUGGGGGCCACGCAGGCCGACUCUACCAAUUAUAGAAAGGUGGCCAUGGGUAUUGCUUUCUCCUGGAUAUAUUCCAUGGUUUGGACUGUUCCGCCACUGUUUGGAUGGAGCUGCUACGGCCCGGAGGGUCCCGGCACCACCUGCAGCGUCAACUGGGCCGCCCGGACAGCCAACAACGUGUCUUACAUCAUCUGUCUGUUUAUCUUCUGCCUUAUUCUCCCUUUUGUGGUGAUUGUCUACAGCUAUGGCAGACUCCUUCAGGCUAUCACACAGAUGAGCAGGAUCAAUACAGCGGUGAGUCGAAAACGGGAGCAGCGUGUUCUCUUCAUGGUGGUCACCAUGGUGGUGUGUUACCUGCUGUGCUGGCUGCCCUAUGGGGUUAUGGCCCUGCUGGCGACAUUCGGGCGUCCCGGCCUGGUCACGGCAGCGGCCAGCAUCGUUCCUUCUCUGUUAGCCAAGAGCAGCACUGUCAUAAACCCCAUCAUCUACAUCUUCAUGAACAAACAG